AUGGAUACUUGGCAAUCAGUCGUAACGAAAGGAAAGAAAAUUGGACAUAAAGUUAAUAAAACAGUCCAUGGCUACCCCAAGUUACCAAAAUUUUCCAUAGGAGAAGAAAAUUUGCCCUUUCAGAUUGGGUCCAAAGUUUCAGUGGAAAAUUACAACACUUUUCUUGAUCACAACGAAUCAAGUGGAUACAAAUUUCACUGGGACGACGGGAACGUUUUCGUCAUUGAUAUGGCAUACGCAGAUCACGAAGGUGUUGUCUCAGUGCUUCAAGACUAUUUCAAAGCUCCCAACAAUGGUGUAAUACGUGGGCCGAUAAAGGUUCUUGGUCAACCAU